CGCCCCUCCCUUUCGAAACAAGACACAACAUACAUUUGUGACGCCGUAGCCUGCCGUUCGUGUCGCCGCAUCGAGUCUCGGAGACUUAUAUCUUCCUCAUCCAGCGCAUCGGCUGUUGUAUUGGCUUCGGCACUCGACUUCGAGGCCUUUCCGGGACAUCGCAUUCUCGUUACAGGGGCCAGCAGCAAAUUUCGCGAUUGUGACGUGCUAAAGACAGGGGCACCUUGAUCGACAAAUUUCCUGAUUGCUCUAUUGAGGGGGUCGUGCACGGACCAGUUACUUUUCCUGUUGCGGCGCCUCACAUCAUUGCUUUUUCCCCCAGAGCUGUUUCUCGUCUGCUCAGAUCAGACAACCUCACCGUCUUCUUCCCCCAGACCGACGUCGAGCGACGAACUUCCCUUCUUAAUUCCCCAUUGUGAAGGCAGGACUCCAGAAUCAUGGCUGCGGACCCCACACCCCCCAACUCCUCGGUGUCAGGGCUGGUAGCUACGCUGGCACCAACUCUGCUCGUGGCCGUUAUUUAUGUUUUGAUCUUCUUGUGUCUACGAAGAUCGAAACGUCGUUACUAUGCUCCGAGAACCUACUUGGGCACGCUGCGUGAGGAGGAGCGUUCAGAAGCUCUUCCAACAGGCUGGUUCAAUUGGAUUGGCCCGUUUUGGAAGAUCCCAGAUACCUAUGCUCUCCAGCACCAAUCUCUGGAUGCAUACCUCUUCCUUCGAUUCCUUCGCAUGACCGUGGUGAUCAUGUUCGUUGGCGCCUGCAUUACCAUGCCCGUCUUGUUCCCUAUCAACAUCACUGGAGGUGCUGGCAACGUUCAAUUGGACCUACUUUCAAUGUCCAAUAUAAACCCGAACGUGAAGGGUGGGAAGUACAAAUACUUUGCUCACUGCUUCUGUGGAUGGUUGUUCUUUGGCUUCGUCCUGAUGCUGGUCACGCGAGAAAGCAUCUUCUACAUCAACUUGCGUCAAGCAUUCCUGCUCGCACCAGUCUACGCCAACCGCAUUUCGGCCAGAACAGUUCUUUUCACGUCUGUUCCCAAGCCGUAUCUCGAUGAAGUCAAACUUCGAAAGGUCUUUGGCGACUCUGUUCGACGCGUCUGGAUCACUGGUGACACCACCAAAGUUGAUGAGCUGGUUGAGGAGCGUGACAAGACUGCUCUCAUUUUGGAGUCUGCCGAAGUCAAGCUUAUCAAGCUUGCCAAUGAGCAGAGAUUGAAGGCUAUCAAGAAAGGAGGUGGUAAUUCCGAAGCAGAACCAGUUGAAGAGGGUGAUGCUGAAUCUGGUGCUCUCGCUGCUCGCUGGAUCCCCGAGAAGAAGCGACCAACCCACAAGCUUGGCAAAUUUGGCCUGUACGGCAAGAAGGUUGAUUCUAUUAACUGGGCCCGCCAACGAUUGGAGGAACUCAUUCCCGCUGCCGCUGCCGCACAAGCAGAAUACCGAAAGGGAGAUACCGAGCCGGUUGGAAGUGUCUUCAUCGAGUUUACUCACCAAUCUGAUGCUCAGUCUGCUUUCCAAUCCCUCUCUCAUCACCAAGCUCUUCACAUGUCUCCCAAAUACAUUGGUGUCAACCCCAACGAAGUCGUCUGGAAAUCUUUGAAGAUCUCAUGGUGGCAACGCGUCGUUCGCAGACUAGGUGUCGUUGGGUUCGUUACAGCUCUGGUUGUAUUCUGGGCCAUCCCCGUUGCGUUCGUUGGAUUGAUUUCUAACAUCGCCUACCUCGAGAAUUUCACCUGGCUCCACUGGCUUACCAAGAUUCCACCUACGAUCAUGGGUGUUAUCAGCGGGCUUCUACCAUCCGUCAUGUUGGCCAUCCUCAUGUCUCUUGUGCCUAUUAUCAUGAGACUCGUUGCCAAGAAGGCAGGUGAACCAUCUCUGGCUCGCGUUGAGUUGUUUACUCAAAAUGCGUACUUCGUCUUCCAAGUCGUCCAAGUCUUCCUUGUCGUCACGAUCGGUGCGGCAGCCUCCUCCGUCGUCCAACAAAUUAUCAACAACCCUACCGGAAUCACACAACUGCUUGCCACGCGCCUUCCAACAGCUUCCAACUUCUACAUCUCCUACUUUAUUGUUCAGGGAUUGACCGUCUCCUCAGGAGUAUUGUCGCAAGUUGUGGGAUUCAUCGUCUUCACGUUGUUGUAUAAGUUUCUCUCUGGUACACCAAGAAGUUUGUAUACAAAGUGGUCAAAUCUGAGCGCCAUCUCCUGGGGCAGCACUCUUCCAGUCUUCACCAUGAUUGCAGUCAUCGGUAUCACUUACUCCUGUAUCGCACCAUUGGUCCUCGGCUUCGCAACCAUCGGCAUGUCUCUCUUCUACCUCGCAUACCGCUACAACAUCCUCUUUGUCACGGACUCAAAAAUCGACACCAAAGGCCUGAUUUACCCCCGCGCUCUCCAACAACUCCUAACGGGAGUCUACCUCGCCGAAGUCUGCCUCAUCGGACUCUUCGGCAUCGGCAAAAGCCCAGGACCCCUAAUCCUCAUGGUCGUCUUCCUUAUCUUCACCGUCCUGUACCACUUCUCUCUCAACGCUGCCCUUGACCCACUCCUCUACAGCCUCCCCAGAUCCCUCGAAGCAGAGCAAGAGGGCCUUAUCAGCGCCGCCGAAGCAGGAACUCGCAAUGGCUCAGAGGACAUCAAAGAGAAGACCAGUGGCGAAGUGUCCACCUCCACUCCCGUCAAGAAGCCCAACGUGUUCUCUAAGUUCUUCGCACCGCACAUCUACGCCGACUACCACACACUCCGUCAACUCGUGCCCCACGGCAUGCUCGAUGCGGACAACAUAUAUGAGGAAACAGUCGCCGAGAACGCAUAUUAUCCUCCAAGUGUCGUCGCCGAGAUCCCGUUGUUGUGGAUCCCGAGAGAUGAAGCGGGUAUCUCGCGGCAGGAGAUGCAGCAUACGGGCAAGAUUCUGCCGAUUACGGAUGAGGGUGUUACACUCGAUGAGAAGAAUAAGCUGGUUUGGGACGCUGAGGGCGCGAGACCGCCGCUCUGGACACCGAAGGUCUACUACUAAACUAGUGGAAUAUCUGGUUGUCUGAUUGUUUAGUUGGAGGGGGAAAAGUGAUAUAAGUCACGGCACGGCCUUUUUUUAGAUGGUUGGGAUGUCUUUGCAUGGCAUGGGCUGGCGUGAGAGUUUUUUUUGUUUCUUUUCGAACGAAUUUAAUGGAUUUGGGGACAAGAUUCGAUUCUUCAUGAUGUGGUUAGGGGCAUGGUAUGGAUGGCAUUUGCAUAGCCCGAGCGAGCGAGAGAAUGAAAGGAUUAGCAGUGUUAUGGAUAGAUACCCUUCCUUGUUUGUAGGAUUUUUUUCAUUGCUAGCAGUUAAUUGAAUGAAUGAAGUAAAAUCAUUCCUUAUUUCCG